AUGGCACCUACACAUACUUCCACGCAGCUUAGCCAUCAGAACGGUGCUCUUCAACCACUUAUUACAUCUAAGAGUUGUUCUAGUCCCAAUGAAAUUACCCGCGACAUCGACGCUGAAGUAGGGAAGGCUUGCAUACGCGAAGAAGCGCAAGGUCUGCGACUGAAUGACCCGGAGAAGGGUCAUGAUACGGCGCUCCGCUGCAGCAAAUUUGGCGGCAAAGGUGACGAUACUGUCACAGUGUUGUCAAAUGACUUCCCCAUUGGCCCCAGCCUUAGUAGAAGGCUGACUGGGUGUGCUUGUGGGGAAACCAAGAAGCCCAAAGCAAUUACGCGCACAUCCUUCUGGAAACACAGCAAAGUUGAGCUCGCUGUGCACAUAGCCGCUCUAGCUUUGACAGCAUUUGGUCUCUGGCUGGGAUGGGAAGAACGAUACUGGUUCGCCUUGGAGGGUCCUUCUCCAGAUCGAGGGAUCAACACGGAUGUUGUCAUCAACUUACUCCAGUUACCAGCAAAACUCCAUGAAAUACUCAUCGUCGCCUCUCUAUCAUUUAUUUUCUUGGCCAUGUGUCGGCGCAGGCUUAUUGGGGGUGGUGUAAGGCUGGGAUUUCUCACCGGAGCCUAUCGGGUUGGAGAUUUGGAAUAUAUCUUAGCUCCAUCCUCCCCCCUAUGGCAUAUGGGGAUCAAACACCUUUCUUUCGUGGAAGUUGUGCUGGCUUGUUACUUGGUGUUUUCUACACUCAUGUCUACAGUUGUUGGUCCGGUCUCCGUUUUUAUGCUGAUUCCGACGCUGGAGAGAUUUCCAUUGGACCACGCGAGCGCAUUCAGCGAGAUCACAACGCCCAUUUCUCUCCCUUCGGCUGAUCUUCGACGAGAUUUGGUGCACACCACGGCCGGCUUUCGGAAAACAUCACUCUCAACUACGCCCUCUCAUUUUCUUCUGUCCAUACUGGGUCUUUUCCAGCAGCUUGUUGAGGACAACGAUGUUGGUGUUUUAUCUCAUAGCUCUCGGUACAAUUUGAAGGCUCGACUUGUUGACUAUAACGACACGGAAGACGACUCGAAAGACAAACCCAUCUUCCAGCCUUUCGUACAGUCAAAGUGCCAGGUUUACAACAUUGCCAGCGUUUCGGCCACGAACGAGAAGCUCGCGUAUCCAACGGACGCCUUGAACUGUUUUGGACACCCCGAAUGUCAAACCUACAAGCUCAAUCCUCCUGGGCUGGAAGAUUUAUGGUGGACGAGGUCCAUCCAACACAACUCCACUUUCACGUCAGGUUAUUCAAUUGACGGUGAUCAAAGCUCUAUCAUCAAGAUUGUUGGAAAGUUGUCGAAUCCCAAGUCUACUGCAGGUGACUUAGUCUUCACCUGUGGCUUGUUAGCAAGCUUGAUUCCUUCUAGCUUCUCAAUGACGUCCUCGCAGGAAGGAAACACGUUUCACUCAGCCUUCAACAGCAAAGACCGCAUGAACGAAACAUUUCACCAAAAUUCCUUGGAUACCGGACACGUUAUCACGGUGAAUGAAACCUGGCUACGCUACGUGAAUCCAAAUAUUACAGCCUCGAUAAGCGAUGACUGGAACAACAACUCUACGGCAUUUUACAAGCUCAUUCGCCUCUUCAGUGGCUCGAGCGAGGAUUCCGACGAGGCCCCUGCAAUGCCCCUUACUGAGCUUGGACCAAAUGGAGCAGAGUAUCUUUUGUCCACUGUGUUCGGCGUAUAUCUCACCGAAACACUGGCUCGCACGGGGGCGGGGGCGAUGACGACCGUGGAUUUGGAGGCAGAUGGAAAUCAGAUGAGCGGUAUUGAUCUGACCAGGCAGUACAAUCCUCAACAUGGAUUGUUCAAUGUUCAUCCGCUGAACGAAACCCAUACCAAGUGGGACUAUGGCACAAAACAGUCUGUCAGAGACAUCACCCUCGAUUUUGUCUACAAUGAGAUGCUUCCUAGCCGGCUCAGCCUUGACUUUGACGUCGAAAGAUUCGGAUUCGGAACCGGCCAUCCUCGAAAGACUCUGACCUUUGCAAGAGCCAUUAUGUACAUCUACAUCGGAGUGGUGUGUCUAUAUGCUCUGACAGUUGAAUCGGCCCAUUUCCUACAGCUUUUAGGACGGGAACAACGAUUUUGGGUCCAAGGUAUCGAGCCUUCGUCGCGUCUACAUGAGCUCUUCAUCCUAGCCCUUAGAUUGUCACCGCCCAACGCCGAAGAGCUCGCGGACAUCGGUGCAGGCGUAAGCUCCCCCAAGUUAUGGCAAAAGAGAUUGAGAGCUAGAGGCGACCGGUUUCGUCACGUGUGUCUAGUGCUAGACGAUGAAACCCAAACUGAAAGGCUUGAUGUGAAUGGGAAGGUGAAGUACUACUAA